AUGGAGGUGACCAACGCGCAGCUCUUGCAGCUCGACUACAGCCCGGCCGACGGCGUCAUCAGGAACAUACAGGUCAAGUUCGAUCUUCUGGCCGAGAACACCAACUCCAAGAUCAACACUUCCUUCUCCAGCUUCAACAUCGACGUCAACUUCAACGGCACCACCCUGCUACAGCUGCGCGCCGAGACCUUCACCGUUGCCCGGCAGAGCUCCGUCACGCUGCCGUACAGCGGGGAGUCGCGCGGGAGGAGGCUGGACCCCGCCGGGAUGCAGGCCAUGGAGGAGGCGGUCAGGUCCGAGCUGGUGCCCAUCGCCCUGUCCGGCAAGGCGCGGACGCGGUGGAAGAAGGGCAUCUUCCUCAAGGUCGGCUUCUGGACGCGCCUCAAUUGCCCCCUCGUCUUCUACUACCGCACCGGCGUCGUCGCGCCCAUCGACCACGAGAGCUGCCGCUCCAGGUCGCCGUAG